UCACAAUAUCUUCUUUCACUAGCAACAUUUCAAGUUGCAUACUGUAAAUUAAUUUUCUUUCUCUCUGUUAAUACACAAAAAAACUACCAAAAAAUAACACAAAAUCAAACCCAAAUUAAUCACCAUGGAUGCACUUCUCCAAGCUCUACUCUUUGUUGUCCCGUUACUAGUUUUACUAGGUUUAAUCUCCCGCCGGCGCCGGAGAUUACCAUAUCCACCGGGGCCAAAAGGGCUACCAAUUAUAGGCAACAUGAUGUUAAUGGAUCACUUAACACAUCGUGGUUUAGCUAAACUAGCUAAGCAGUACGGUGGUCUUUUUCACAUGAAGAUGGGGAAUGUUCAUAUGUUUGCAGUAUCAUCUCCUGAUAUAGCUCGUCAGGUUCUUCAAGUUCAAGAUAAUAUUUUCUCAAAUCGUCCUGCUACCGUAGCGAUCAGCUAUCUUACUUACGAUCGUGCUGAUAUGGCUUUCGCUCAUUACGGACCCUUUUGGCGACAGAUGCGUAAGCUUUGCGUAAUGAAGCUUUUUAGUCGUAAACGAGCCGAAUCAUGGGAGUCUGUAAGAGAUGAAGUUGAUUCCAUGGUUAAAUCAACUGCUGAUAAUAAAGGAAAAGCAGUUAAUGUUGGAGAGUUGAUUUUUACGUUAACGAUGAAUAUUAUUUAUCGAGCUGCUUUAGGUUCGAAAAUCGAAGGACAGGCCGAGUUUAUUCGGAUUUUGCAGGAGUUUUCCAAGCUUUUUGGUGCGUUUAAUAUUGCUGAUUUCAUUCCUUGGCUCGGUUGGAUUGAUCCACAUGGUCUUAGUAAUAGACUUGUUAAGGCUCGUAAUUCACUCGAUAGAUUUAUUGACAUCAUUAUUGAUGAACAUAUGAUCAAAAGAAAUCAAGAACAUGCAUGUGAUGAUGGUAAUAGUGAUAUGGUUGAUGAUUUGCUAGCUUUCUUUAGCGACGAGGCUAAAGUAAAUGAAUCCGAAGAUCUACAGAACUCCAUCAAACUCACUCGAGACAACAUCAAAGCGAUCAUCAUGGAUGUGAUGUUUGGUGGGACAGAGACAGUGGCAUCAGCAAUAGAGUGGGCCUUAACGGAGCUAAUGAGAGCUCCGGAGGAAAUGAAAAAAGUUCAGCAAGAACUCGCCGACGUAGUCGGACUCGAAAGACGGGUCGAAGAGAGCGAUUUGGAGAAGCUGACAUACCUAAAAUGCACCCUUAAAGAAACCCUCAGACUUCACCCUCCAAUCCCACUUCUCUUGCAUGAAACUUCCGAGGCUACUGAAGUCGCCGGAUAUUAUAUUCCGGCCAAGUCUCGGGUCAUGAUCAAUGCUUGGGCUAUAGGAAGAGAUCACAACUCAUGGGAAGAUGCUGAAACUUUUAGGCCUUCAAGGUUCUUGAAACCAGGAGUGGCUGAUUUUAAAGGGAGUAAUUUUGAGUUUAUUCCAUUCGGGUCGGGUCGGAGGUCUUGCCCCGGUAUGCAACUCGGACUCUAUGCACUUGAUUUGGCUGUUGCAAAUCUUCUUCAUUGUUUUACAUGGGAGUUGCCUGAUGGUAUGAAACCUAGUGAACUUGAUACGAGUGAUGUCUUCGGACUCACUGCUCCACGGGCGACCCGGCUCGUUGCUAUUCCGAACCCGCGUUUAUUAUGUCCUCUUUAAAAAAAAUUGAAAAAUAUUUUUUUUUAUGAAAUUGAAAAACAUAUUUAGACCAUGAUGAAGCGGUAAAUAGUGAAUUUGCAUGAAGUUAUUUUUUUCAAUGUGAAUAAUAAUAAUAAAAAUAAUAUAGUAUAUGAUGGGGAAAAAGGAAAAUAAUAAGUGAAGACAGGAAAAAAAACAUGGGAGAAAUUGGAUUUGAGGUUUAUGUGGUUCGUAUUCUUCUAUGUGAAUUUGAUAUCUUUGUGUAAAGUGGACAUUUUGUUUUUCUGAUUUACACUUUGUUUUGUUUUUUA